UCAUGGGGCCCCCAGGCAAAAGGGGAUCAUGGGGCCCCUGUGUCCUUGUCCAAACUCAAAAAAGCCUAUGAAAAAGGUAUCAGGGGCAUCUCAUGGGGCCCCCUACUGACCCCGGGCCCUCGGGCAGUGCCCGAGUUUCCAAAAUGGUCAGUCCGCCCCUGGGCAGGAUGCAACUCCUGUCAGGAAGGAACAGGGAGCUGUGUGUCUAUGGACUCAUACAGCCUGGAUCCAGAGCGCAUAUGCACGGAUGCCCUCAGAGGACAUGGCAUUGCUAAGGAGGCACCAGGAGGAAGAAAAAGCAGACAG